GAAACUACGUACAAACGCUAAAUGAAUAUGCUCCUCAAUCAACGAAGUGGUGAACUCUGAAACCACUCCUACACUAUAUAACAUGCCUCCUCCUCCUCUUCGUUCAAUCUAAAAAGAAAAUCAAGAAGCAGACGGAUUCCAUUUCAAGUAACGCAAUGGGUUUGCAGGAGGAAUUUGAGGAGCACGCUGAGAAAGCCAAGACACUGCCAGAAAAUACAACAAAUGAGAACAAACUUAUUCUCUAUGGGCUCUUCAAGCAAGCCACUGUUGGACUAGUGAACACCAGCCGCCCUGGUAUUUUCAACAUGAGGGACAGGGCAAAGUGGGAUGCAUGGAAGGCUGUUGAAGGGAAAUCCAAGGAGGAAGCAAUGAGUGACUAUAUCACCAAGGUUAAGCAGUUGCUGGAAGAAGCUGCUGCUUCUGCCUAGUGGAGUGACCAUUUAUUUAUGUUCAUGUUUCCUUGUGUUUGAAAUAGUAGAAACACAAGUUAAUAAUUUGUUGUAUUGAAACCUUUUCUCUGAAUUCUGCCCCUUAAGUUAGUUUUGUUAGCGUGUGCUUCCAUUAAAACUGGUUUGGAACUAUGUUGGGAUGAUUUAUAGUUAAUGUCUUAUCAUUGUCUGAUC